AUGUCUCGCCAUCCUAGAGAUUACCCGGUCGCCGACCGCUACGAAGAUCGAGAAAGCGAUUUCUACCGACGCCCACGGCGGGACCGAGAUUACGAUGACCUCGAGGUCGACAUGUCCCGCACGGAAUACCAAGAACGACCCCGCCGAGCAGAGACCGUCGUCAAGGAGAGAGAUACGGUAGUCAGCGACCGCCGGACGGAUAGAGGUCCCCGUCUGCCGGACGUCUUGCGCGAGGACUACGACAAGCAAUCCAACGCAGGUCAGCUGGUUGUGAGGGAGGAUCGGGAAGAGGAUGUCUACAGCCGGGCUCCCAGGCGGCGACGAAGUGGCGAGACGGUGAGAUCUCGCGCGCCGACCGAGAGAGUUGAGAAGGAGGAGAUUGUGUUCAAGGAGUCUGAGCGAGAACGAGGCCCGCCAUACCCUCGCAGUGGACGGAGCGAGGUGGAAUUUCGAGGUCGCGAGGACGAUGAGAUUAUCUACAGAGAGCGCACUCGCUCCAGACCGCCUCCACGUGAGCGUGAGGAAGAGAAGAUUGAUAUCAACAUCAGACGGGAAGAGAGUCGACCACCUCCCCCGCGAGAUAUUCCUGUUGAAGAGAUUCGAUUUAGACGUGGUGGAGGGGAGCGACCAGCCCCGCCGCGAACGACUGUCGACAAGACUGAGAUUGAUAUACGCGAGAGCAGUGCUCCACCACCGCGUACACGAACAGUGGUCGAUCGAGAAGAGAUUGAUAUCCGAGAAAGACGCUCGCCAGCUCCACCACGAUCUGUAGUCGACAAGGAGGAGAUCGAGAUUCGUGAUAGUCGGCGUGGUCCACGAGGUCGCGAGGUCUUCAAGGAGGAGAUUGAUAUUCGCGAGCGCAGCCGUCACCGUUCCGCCAGUCGGCCGAAUCUGGUCGCUCGCAAGGAAGAGGAAUGGAUUGUUCGACGACCACGAACACCUCCCCCGCAGGACUACGAAAAAGAAGAAAUUAUCAUCCGGCGCAAAGAGAAGAGUGUCUCACCUGAGCCAGAACCACCACGCGAGCCAACACCCGAACCUCCACCUCCCCCGCCACCUGAGCCAAUCUACCGCCCACCAAUCAUUCAGGAAGUCAUCACUCAUCAUCGUCACAUCGAUCACGGGGUUGAGCGUGCUCGAUCACCUACACCGCCUCCACCACCUCCCAGUCCACCACAAGUAAAGGAUGAUAGUCUGGAAAUUGAGAUCAAACGCAAAGGCACCCGUAACGGCAAAGCCUAUGAAGAAGACAUCACUUUUGAGCGAGAGACGAAAGAACGUGAAGAGCCAAGCCGCGAACUUCAACGUUGGGAAGACCGUCGUGAAAGGUCUGUGAGUGUCGCCAGACGCAGGUCGCCAUCUCCUCACCGCCGACGAUACGACGACGAAAUGUUGGCAGAGGCAGACUACUACAACCGCAAGAUCGCCUCGCGAGCCUAUCCGGGCGAGGCGUGGAAUGGAGCGACAAAGGAUUGGGGGCUUGUCGACAUCCCACCAGGCACAGAGCGUGUCCGCAUGGAUGGUAUUGGUGGUGGGGCUCAAGAAGUGUCGUGGGAUCGCUACAGUGGGCAGCGGCGCGGCAAGUUCAUUUCUGGAGACCGCAUCUACGAGGCAGAUUACGGCAAUGGCUACCACUCACCGCCACCUCUUCCACCAGCACGCCCUCCUCCACGUGAGGUUCGUGAAGAGAAAGAAGAGAUCAAAAUCACCCAUACUCGAACCAACGAAGACAAGCCCAAGAAGCGAGACAAGAUGUGGACCGAGGUCACAAAGGAUCUUGUAAUCAAAGAGGCCAUCGACGAGCAGGGCUACGAUUAUGAGGAAACGGACGAUCACUUCUAUAUCAUCGAGUACUUGAAAUACGAGGACGUUGUGCGUCUUGUCGAGAUUACGGAAGACAUCAAACGUGAACGCCGCGACCGCAUUCGGGAGAUUCAGUGGGAGCGAGAGGAACGUGAACGCGCACCAAAGCUGCUCCCACCACCCCCACCGGUACCAGCUCCUCCAAGGUCCAAGUACGACGAGCGAAUCUACGAGCGUGAGUACAUCUACGACCGAGACGGCCGACGAUGGCGUUAG